CGUGCAUGAGGUGUCAAUGCAGGAGCAUAUAAACCUAGGGGUGGGUGUCUAACUUAUAAUUACUAACCUCCGACCCUUCAUUGCACAGCGACCACGCAAGCAGUCCAAAUUCCUUUUUUCAUCCACCAUCUCGAAGCACAGUACGCCCUCACCAUGGCACCUCCCAGCUCAACCGAGACAUCGGCGACCCAAACGUCCCAAGUCACCCUUCAGACCCGCCAAUCCUCCCAAGAGGAUGGCAUGGAGGCGGCGACAGUGAAGAACCAGACCUCCCAAUACCCCAAGCCCCCUGUUUUCGAAGACAAGUACAAGGAACGAGAGUACCUCAAGGGCCGACUAGCCGCUGCAUUCCGCAUCUUCGGGAAGAAUGGAUACGAUGAGGGCGUGGCCGGCCACAUCACUCUUCGCGACCCUGUCGACCCCACCACCUUCUGGGUGAACCCGUUCGGCGUCGCCUUCUCGCAGAUCAAAGCCUCCGACCUCAUCCAGGUCAGCCAUGAAGGCAAGAUCCUCGACGGGGGGCCUGUCCGCCUCCUCAACGCUGCAGCCUUCAUGAUCCACUCCGCGAUUCAUGCCGCCCGGCCCGACGUCCUGUGCGCUGCGCACAGCCACAGCAUCUACGGGCGAUCGUUCUGCGCCCUCGGUCGGCCAUUGGACAUCAUCACGCAGGACUCGUGCGCGUUCUACAACGAUCACGUCGUCUACAAACAAUUCAAUGGGGUCGUGCUGUCGGAGGACGAAGGACACAACAUCGCGAAGGCGCUAGGGAACAAGAAGGCGGCGCUGCUGCAGAACCACGGCCUGUUGACCGUGGGCACGAGCAUCGAGGCGACGGUCUUCUGGUUUGUCAGUCUGGAGAAGUGCUGCCAUGCGCAGCUGUUGGCCGACGCGGCGGCGGCGGGGCGCGGCGGGGCGACGAUCAAGAUCGAUGAUGCCGAUGCAGCGUUCACAUACAAGACUGUGGGGAGGCCCGGGUCGGGGUAUUUCAGUGCGAAGCCGCUGUUCGAUGUGAUCCAUGAGGAGACCGGGGGAAGUUAUUUGCUGUAGACCUGGUAGCAUACUUAUACUGUUUAAUGUUUAUAUAUGCGGCUACGUCGGUGGCAUACGAGGAACGUAAAUGCAUGAUUUGACGCUCAAGGC